CCCUCACCUAUGCCUGCCCUCCCGGCGGGGCGCAUGCGCCGGGCGGCACGGCCGGGCCCGCCCCGCCCCGCCCCGCGCGUCACCCAGGAGGCCGCGCGCCGCGCCGAGGUCAAGAUGGCGGCGAAGGCGUCUGUUGCAGGAGGUGGUCGCCUGUUAGACAGGAUUCGCAAGUGGUAUUACAAUGCAGCUGGGUUCAACAAACUUGGGCUAUUGCGAGAUGAUACAUUGCAUGAAGAUGAUGAUGUAAAAGAAGCAUUAAAGAGACUUCCAGAACAUCUGUACAAUGAAAGAGUAUUUCGCAUAAAGCGAGCACUGGACUUAAGCUUGAAACAUCAGAUCCUUCCAAAAGACCAGUGGGUGAAGUAUGAAGAGGAUCACCCUUAUCUUGAACCAUACCUAAAAGAAGUAAUCCGUGAAAGACACGAAAGGGAAGCAUGGAACAAGAAGUAACUAUUGAGCUACUUCAUGCAAAUAUCCAGAUAUUUCUGAUAUUUUUAAACAUUUGGUUAUAGAAGUCCACAGGGAGGCAAUUGUGAGGCUGAGGAGUACUGUUUCAGCUUGUUCAUUGAGUCUGAUCAUCCAACUAAAAUAAACAUGUCAAACUGUAAAAA